AUGCAGAAGAUAAAAAUGUUUGUAUCGCGUAACCUCGUUACGAUCGUAAUGGUUCCAUCGCUGAUCGGUCUGCACUGGGCAUGGGACUCACUGCAGCACAACAAAGCGCUCGUUUCGGACUACGAGCGUAAAGAUUUGCCGGUUGUGAUUGCAGCAAAAGCAUUGUGGCAGCGUAUGACGAACAAAACGGAACCGAACGAACAACGGGACAAAUCGCAGUAG